AUUCAUUUCUCCCCCCCCCCCCCUUCCCUUCCCCGCGACUACUCUCUGCUCUCCGCGACGCGCUUCAAGAAACAGAGCAGCCAAACCAAACAACAAAAGCUUCUCCAAGCCGAUCGAGGCCGCGAUCCGGCCCCAGCGCCGCCGAUGGCUUCCGCCGAUCGCGAGGUUGUUGGGAUCGGGGUGGCGGAGAAAGGCAUGAGGAGCUGCGUCGAAUGCCGCGCCACCACCACGCCCAUGUGGCGCAGCGGGCCGACCGGGCCCAGGUCGUUGUGCAACGCAUGCGGGAUCCGGUACCGGAAGAAGAGGAGGCAAGAGCUUGGCCUAGACCAGAAGCAGCAGCAGCAGCAGCAACAUAACGGCGAGGCAAAAACUGAAAUAAAAUACAGCAAUAGCAACAUCAGUAGCAGCAGUAGCAGCAACUUGCAGGUGGUGCCGAAAAGGAGGCUUCUAAUGGGGGUUGAGGAGGCUGCAUUGUUGCUCAUGACCCUGUCUUCCUCGCCCACAUCCACAUUAUUACAUGGCUAAGAACCCUACAACACCAGAUCAACAAUGUACAUACACACACGGGUGCGCGCUCACCAUCCAAUGAUUCCAAUCCAAUCAUACAAGUUUCUCCGUUUAUCAUCAGGAUGAGGUAGGGAGGGAGGGGCCUAUCUCAAGGCGAUGUGAUCUUUGUUAGGGGGGGUGGGUUUGUGUCCAUCUGAUCGAUGACUCCAUCCUCUUGUUCUUCUCUGUGCCGCUGCCUCCGUACCAUAGAUCUCGAUCAAUUGAAGAUGUCAAUCUUAUCUGUUUGUGAUUCGUGGUAGGCUCCCGCUGUGCGAUCAGACGUCCGUUUUGAUCUCACUCCCCCCCCCCCACAUAUUUUUCUGUCCUUUUCUUUCCUUCACCCCUCUUUUGUUCUUUGUGUGUAUGUUGAUGUUGUCCUAUGUGAGGGACUGAUGAUCAAAAGGAGACAUCACCCCUCUUCAUUUUCUGAAAUAAAGGUCAAAGUAAUAAUAAAGGAUUUAAUUGUUGAAUUAA